ACAUAUCACUAAGGGUGCUGGAUUCGUUUGUGAUCGCAGCGCAUGUUUGCAUCAUCCAUGAGCACAGUCUGUGAUUAGCGGUACCUGUCUCAGAGAAUGGGUUAUGAAGAUCUAGUCCUCAGAACUCGUGGAGCGACGUGUGCGGAAUCGUGCUAUAGACCAUCACAGAUUUCUGGACCACUAAGUCUUCCAAUUCUCCGAGCUCGACUGUUUUGUGUUCUAGAUUUUAGUUAGCAUAUUUCUCUCGAAGGAUUUUGUUGUCUGGAAGAGGGUGCGUAGGGUUGACUCAGGCGAAGUUUUCUUGAGCUCAGAUACUUGAGAAGCGCAACAGCAGUACGCCUCAGGUUUUUAGAUACGGUACACGUGAUGCACUGGAGGGUGCAACCGGUUCUUGUGGAUUCCGCAUCCCAAUACACGGAUUUCAUCAAAGGUUAUUGUCAUUAGGUUGCGAAGAAUGUCAUUUAUCCGUGUACAAUCCAAAUGUUUAAAUCGUGACCACUCGCAGGACGAGUUUAUGGUCUGGAGACAAGACUAAGCGUUCGUGAACUGUUCAUUCGAGGCUCUUCAUCCAAGAAAUGGCUUGGCGGACGAGACCAACAAACUAGAUGUCAGGAUGCCGUCGAUCGAGACGGUGAAGGACGAUAUCCUGGACCUGCUUAUGAGGUUCAGUCAGCCCUCCCUCCAAUGCAAGAACCACAAGCGAUGCUCUCUGAACCAGCAGCCUACACGCUUUCCUAUAUGCUUUGUCUGUGGGUAGAAGUUGAGACUAUGGUUUUCGAACUUUUGCGGAGUAUUUCAAGUUUCUAGGUUGAUUGCGUCGGGGGUUUGAUACUUCGAAGUUGAGGGAAUGUUCGUCAUUUCCCAGGAAGACCUCGAGGCCAAGGACGGGAAGGAAAAUAUUACCAGAAUGUAUCAGACCCUGAUGAAGCAGUAUCCAAGUGUGGGAAUAGUCCCAGCAAGUGGUGCUCAGUCAGCAUCAAGUAACCAGGACAUGCCUUCGAUGUACGGUGCUAGCUUCUCUAGCAAUGGGAGAGCGAGCUCGCCGGACCCGAAACCCCGUUUGCGAUGGACCCCGGAGCUCCAUGAGCGAUUUGUUGACGCGGUCGAACGGCUGGGUGGUGCCGACAAAGCCACUCCAAAGUCGGUGAUGCGGGUGAUGGGCGUGAAGGGCUUGACGCUUUAUCAUUUGAAGAGCCACCUCCAGAAGUUCAGGCUCGGAAAACAGCUUCAUCCAGAAAAUAGUGGACAUGAGGGUGGCAAGGGAGGGUCUUCUGAUAUCCAAGUCACAAGCAAUGCUUGUAGUGAUGAGCCAAGCACUUCGAAAGCCCUGAAUCAAGAGGGCUUUCAGAUAUCCGAGGCUAUUCGGAUGCAAAUGGAGGCUCAGCGUCGGUUGCAAGAGCAACUCGAGGUGCAAAGGGAACUACAAUUGAGGAUUGAAGCCCAGGGCAAGUACUUACAAACUAUCCUUGAAAAGGCUAAAGAAGCACUAGGUAGACAAAUUGGGGAAUCCCCAGGGCUUGAAACAGUACAUGCAAAGCUCACAGAGCUGGUCUCGAAAGUCAAUAUUGAACCUAUGAAUAUGUCUUUUCCUCCUUUCACCUCGGUAGAAGCUCCAACUCACAUUGCAGACACCAACAUUAGCACCCUUCCAUGUCAAGAACCUCGUAUAUCAGAUAGUUCCUCACAGAAAAGCCAUGUUACCAAUGUUGCUGCAAACCCUGAGGACAGUGGUGAUGCUUCUGCAAGUUGUGAGAAUCAUCCAUCAAUAGAUACGCUAUUGAGUCCAACACAGGGAUUACAGAGCAUAGCAGAGUAGAGCAGAAGCUCAAAAAUUCAAACCUGAAUUUGAUUUGAGAGCACAUCAGGGCACCCCUCCAUGGAAGGUUCUUACUCAAGAUAUGGUCAAGAGCACGGUCUCCUUCAUCUAAACAGAAGACAGUAGUCUUAGUACAGCAUUCUCUCUGCACGAUAAUUUUAUUUCGUAAGAGUUCGUAUUUGUCAAUAAGCCUUAGAAAAGAGUAGCUACAACAAUACUCUUGCUGCUUGAUGAACUGAAAGCUAUUUCGGAAUGCUUUUGCAGGAACUUAGUAGUUUAGUGAGAUAUGUACAGACAUGCAGUAUUCUCACGAUUGACCUCUACUACUACAAUCUGGUGGCUUAGGUAGGUGGUCAUCCGUGCAUUGAGGUUUGUGACCCAGACAUGUAGGUAAAGAGAAGGCAACUUGAAGGAUCGAAGGAUACAUCUCAAUUUUGCACCCUAUUUUUUAUAUGCAUAUAUGUGUGAAUAUAUAUUUAUAUAAAAACGCUCUCUGAUUGGCCGCAUGCCUCAUCA